AUAUCCAUGCUUAUGAUUUCAAAAUUACAAUAAAGCCAUCCAAAUCCUAGUAGUUCUGUUUGCUUUCUCUCUUGCGACUCCUCCUCUCCAUUCUGGCCAAACACUGCAAGCCGUCGCCUUCCCUUGCCGCCGCUAUCGUCAGCCCUUCCACCGCUAACUGGAUAUUUUGAGAAGCAAAGCAGCUUCUUGACAGACACUGAGAGUUAGGGUUCCGCAGCAAACUGAAACAAAAACAAAGGCGAUAUCUUAGUCUUUCUUCUCAACAUUUUCAUUCUCAUUCGGAAGAAGUAACAACAACAAGGAAGCAAAAAUGGCUCGUAAUGAAGAGAAGGCACAAUCGAUGCUCAACCGUUUCAUCACCAUGAAGGCGGAGGAGAAGAAAAAACCAAAAGAACGCCGUCCCUUUCUAGCCUCAGAGUGCCGUGACCUCAACGAAGCCGACAAAUGGCGCCAACAGAUCAUGCGUGAUAUCGGUCGCAAAGUCGCCGAGAUCCAAAAUGAAGGUCUCGGUGAACACCGCCUCCGCGACCUCAAUGACGAAAUCAACAAACUAAUUCGUGAAAAAUCUCAUUGGGAGCGCCGCAUUGUUGAACUCGGCGGUCCAAAUUAUGCUCGCCACUCUGCUAAAAUGACCGAUCUUGACGGCAACAUUGUAGACGUUCCAAACCCUAGCGGUCGUGGCCCUGGCUACCGUUACUUUGGUGCUGCCAAAAAACUCCCUGGUGUCCGCGAGCUUUUUGAAAAACCACCGGAGCUUCGCAAGCGUCGAACUCGCUAUGACAUCUAUAAGCGCAUCAAUGCAGCUUAUUAUGGUUACCGUGAUGAUGAAGACGGGAUCCUCGAACGCCUUGAGGCGCCUGCUGAAAAUGCUAUGCGGCGUGAGGCUGCCGAAGAGUGGCACCGUCUUGAUAUGAUAAGGAAGGAGGCUAGGAAAGCUGUUCGGAGUGGGGAGGUUGCUGAGGUUUCAGCGUCUGCUAGGGAGAUACUUCACGAGGAGGAGGAAGAUGUGGUGGAGGAGGAGAGGAAGAAGGAAAGGGAGAUGAGGGAGAGGUUUGAUGAGAAGGAGAGGGAAUUUGUGGUGCAUGUGCCGUUGCCCGAUGAGAAGGAGAUUGAGAGGAUGGUGUUGCAGAAGAAGAAGACAGACCUGUUGAAUAGGUAUGUUAGUGAGGUUCUCAUGGAGGAGCAGACGGAAGCCAAGGACAUGCUUAACAUUCAGCGAUAAAUAGGAAAAUAUGCUGGCUGAGCUAAUUACAGCGGCGAAUCUUAGCUGCCACAACCGUCUAGAGGGCUAUUUGGCAAGGCAAAUUAGUACGUAUAUUUCUGGUUUCUGACUUCUAUGGUGACUAUAUCUCAGUUUUCUGUAUUUCUCACUUGUAAUGGAUAUUGUUCACCACUUUGAUAAACUCAACAUUGGCUCUAUGACUAAAUCACUUAGAUUUAGUUCAAUGGAGGUUGGAAUGAACUUGCCUCUUAUUCCUUGUGUAGUAGCCCAUAUCUUUAUUGCGAUCUGUUGAUAUCGGAUAUGUUGAUUUAAUUAGUUAUUGGUAGAGUCAGAUGAAGAGGAAUGUCCUGAAAUUGAUGAAGCUAGAAAAACCAUUGCACGGAUAGCCUUUUAAAGAAGUUUCAGCAGAAGCUUAUUUGUUGAUGGCCUUAAACGGUGUUCAUGAAGAUACCUUGAUCUUAGAUUUAUACACAUAACUCCAAACAUUAUUCCCUCUGACUCAUUUGUUGUUGUAAUGAAUUUGUACCCAAGUUCAUUGACCCAAGGUCGGCGUCUUUGUUUAUUGUCUUGCUCACCAUGCGCCAAAUCAUUUAUGUUGGAUUUAUAUGGAAAUUGAUUAUGAAGUAGUUAUCAUGUUUAAAUGUGAUGUUUUUAGAUUUUUA